AUGACUGCUUUUAGUGAUAAUUGGAAAAACUCCAUUCUAAGUCAAUUGCAGGAGAGGAACAGGAGGGAAACCGACCUCUUCCAGGAUCUAGUCAAUGAACACACGAAAAUAUUCGAGAGCUACAACACAAUACAUUCGGAAAACAUACAGCUCUCGAUACAAAUAGAGAAACUAAGGAAUUUGGGCAGAGGCGGUUUGGGUUCGAACAAUUCUAGUCUAGGCGAUAUCAGGUAUCAGGAAAAGAUCCAACAUCUCGAACAGAAACUCCUCAACCAAGCCGAAGAGCUCACCGAACUGCACCGAAGGAAAGGUGAAAACUCGCAACAGAUAAUCGACUUGAACGCGUUGGUUCAAGAAAAAGACAAAAUUAUAGCUUCCAAAGAUGUGAUAUUAGCUGAUAACGCGGCGAAAAUAUGUUCCCUUCAAGCCGAAAUUUCUAUGUUGCAAAAAUUCAAAACCGAAUUGCAAUACCUCAACGACACGCUUCGCGACGAACACCAAGCGCUGCAACUCCUCUUCACCUCGCUGGAAGACAAGCUGCGCGAAGCCCAAAAAGAAAACAGAGACCUCGCCGAUCGCUUCGUUAAGUACAAAGCAAAAGAUGCGGAUCGCAUGAACGAAGAAAACGAUAAUUUCCUGAAGAAGCGUUACGCGAAAAUGCAGAAGGAGAUCGAGGAAGCUUGCAAAGAUACUAAGGGUUCGCCGGAAGAGCUCACCGAGGGCUACGGACCGCUGUGCACGUCGUCCCUACCCACCAAGAUCAACGUGAAGUUCGACGCACACGAGGGCGAAGUAAGCGCCGUCAAAUGGAGUCCUCUAGACAGAAUCCUGGCGACUGGUGGAGCCGAUAGAAAAUUAAAAUUAUGGGAAGUAUGCAAAGGCGUGUAUGAAAGUAAAGGAACUUUAGUGGGCAGCAACGCUGGCGUUAUGGCGAUCGAUUUCGACACGUCAGGGUCUCUAAUAUUAGGCGCUUCCAAUGAUUACGCCACCAGAGUUUGGACCAUAAGCGAUCAACGAUUGAGGCACACUCUGACUGGCCAUUCGGGCAAAGUGAUGGCCGCAAAGUUUUUGGGCGAAGCCUCGAAAGUCGUCACCGGUAGUCACGAUCGCACGUUGAAAAUUUGGGAUCUGAGAAGUAGAGCGUGCAUCGAAACGAAAUUCGCGGGGUCCAGUUGCAACGAUUUGGUUACUGUAGAUAGUGCCGGGUCGAUAAUCAUCAGCGGUCACUUCGAUAAGAGCAUCAGGUUUUGGGAUAGCAGAUCGGAAUCUAGCGCUAACAACGUGCUUCUAAACGGCAAGGUGACUUCCUUGGACCUAAGUAGGGAUGCUAAAUACCUGGUUUGUUGUGUGAGAGACGAUACCUUAAAGCUGUUAGAUCUGCGAAUGAACCAGGUGGUUACUCUGUUCACUUGCGACGGCUUCAAAGUCGGAUGCGACUAUUCCAGAGCGACGUUCAGUCCUAACGGGCAGUAUGUCGCUGUAGGUUCGGCUGAUGGUAGCGUAUAUAUUUGGGGCGUUAAUAGUGCCAAAGUGGAAUCAAUACUCAAGGAGCAUAACAAUGCUGUUAGCGCCACCGCGUGGCAUUCUUUUGGAACUUUCUUGGCGAGCGUGGAUCGUUCUAGGAAGGUAGCAGUUUGGAGUGAUAUAUAA